AUGAAGGAGAUGACUCCGUCAGAUUCUGAAGAAGAAGGACCCCACAUGAAGGAUCGCCUACUAGAGCAGCCGAAAUGGCAUGUGUACGCUUCUUGUGCUGCAUCCACACACACUCCUAACCCCGUGUAUACAAUGGAAAUGUUCAUGACUUCUUUGGACAGGGACAAGGCAUCUAUCCUCUAUAAAACUAGUUCAAGCUCUGCGACUCUAGUGACUGAGGACUCUGGCAUACGAAACAUUCUUCCAAACUCGAAGAUAUGUGGUUUUGAAUUUGACCCAUGUGGUUAUUUCAUGUAUGCAAUUGAAGGCCUUGUUGUCUCUACUAUUCACAUUACACCUGAACAUGGCUUUAGUUAUGCAAAAUUUAGAGCUGUUGGAUAUGAUCCAAACUCUGUUAGUCUUGACCGGCUUGUUGUCAGGGUCUUGAACUGUUUUGAACCCAAGGAGUUAUCAAUAGCUCUGCAGGCUAAUUUUGCAUCUAAACUACUUGAAAAGACCAGCUCUGUGGAUGUUAAGGGCUAUUGUUUGGAAGAGAGAACUUGUGAAUAUCUUGGAAUGGAUGGUUCAAUUGUUUACCAGAAGUUUGUUAAGAAUCAAAGCUGUGAAUCUCUUAGAUCAGUUCCGAAAAGCUGCUGGAAGGAGGAAGAGAAAGAGGAAAAGGAGUAUGAGUAA